CCCCACUAAAGGGCCUAAACCCCCAUUUCUCCCCUCAAAAUUGAUCAAAAAGGGUCCGUAAAUUCUGAUACGGGAACUGAAAGUGAAAACCCUUGUUUUGGCUUCUGGUUUUGAUCCCACUUCAACUCUCUGCUGAAAUGCCUCAGACGGUUACCGAAGCCCAAGUUGUGGAUGGUGGUUCUGCUUCUAAGCCACAGCGCAUCAUCAAACUUGGCAAAACUACUGAUGACAGCGACAAAAAGAGUGCAAACAGGAGAGUUAAAGAUGUUGAGCUUUGUGUUCCAAUUGUUUAUGGAACUAUCGCAUUUUAUCUUGGUCGAAAGGCUAGUGAGUCGCAGUCACAUAAGUGGACUGUUUAUGUGCGUGGGGCGACAAAUGAAGAUCUCGGAGCAGUGAUAAAGCAUGUUGUGUUUCAACUGCAUCCCAGUUUCAAUAACCCUACAAGGGUCGUUGAAUCACCACCUUUCGAGUUAUCGGAAUGUGGUUGGGGUGAAUUUGAAAUUGGAAUUAGCCUUUUCUUCCACAGUGAUGUUUGCGACAAGAAAUUGGAUUUGUUUCACUUCUUGAAGUUAUAUCCUGAAGAUGAAUCUGGCCCACAGUCUACCAAGAAACCUGUUGUUAUGGAAUCAUACAAUGAGAUUGUUUUUCCAGAGCCUUCUGAGUGCUUCUUUGCUCGUGUGCAAAAUCAUCCGGCUAUUCACGUGCCACGACUGCCUGCUGGGUUUAGCUUGCCUGCUCCGGCACCAGUUGAAAAUAUGAAUGACAGGGGAAGGGGUGAUACCAAGGAUCAUCCACUCAGUCAGUGGUUUAUGAAUUUCUCAGAGGCAGAUGAAUUGUUGAAACUUGCCUCAGCUCGUCAGCAGGUGCAAGCCCACAUUGUUAAGCUGAGAAGAGAGUUGAGUGUGACUGAUGGGAUGCUUCAACCACUGAAACCGGCCUCCAGUUACGAAUGUAUAUGAUUCUGGUAGGUUAGUAUCGAAGUUCACUCAUCGAGUUUAUAUUAGGGAUGACAAAGUGAACUGUGAAGAAGAUUUAAAGAUGUGGAUAUUAGCCUUAACAACCUUAUUUCCAGAUCGAGUUAUGAAUUAUUCCCUUUUAAGAGUACUGAUUGUAGGCAAAUAGUAUGUUAACUUGUUACC